AUGCCGCACUCUACAUUCCCUGCCACACCUGGAACCGCAACCAGAGGAGGUGCAACAGCAACAGCAACAGCAACCGCAACCUUUAUCACACCUGGGAUCCCCCACACCCUCUUCCUACUCCUCUUCCUCUUCCACCUCCUCACCAUCAACCUCUUCGACAUCCUCACCUGUGCUGCGUCCGUCCUCACCAGCAACAACAAUAAUAUCUACAAUACCUACUACACCUACUACAAUACCUACAACACCUUCUACCUCAACUCCACCCCCAACAGCAGUCCCAAUGACAGCAUUCGCGCCGCUCUCGUCGUCGCACGCCCACCAAUCCCCCUUCUUCAAGCUCUCUACCUUCCCAUCACCCACCAGCACUACCAAGCGCUCCCUCCCUUCAAAACACAUGCGCUCAAAGUCCACAAACACACCCACCGCGAACCCAUUCAGCACCCUGCCCCCUCCUUCUCCACCUCGCGCCAUCACGCCGCACCCCCGCUCCUCCGCUCCAGCUCUCUCCCACCCGUUGGCUCCUUCGCAGAGCUCUCCGCCACAUCCCGCUUCACACUCACAAACUGCCCGCCCUCACCCAUCUCCCCGCGCACGCGUGUGCCGCGCUCAAACUCACCCACCCGCCAAUGGGCAUACUCGCAGUCGCCGCGCAGCAGCACCUACCACUCUGGAUCAGGCUUUUCACACUCGCCGCCCCCGCCGCCGCCACCAUCGUACCUGGUCAAUGAGCCGUACGUAGCGAGCUCGUCGUCUGGAUCGUCGACGCCGACGUCGGUGCGCUCGCGGUCACCCUCUAUCUCAUCGCUCGAGACGAUACCGGACUCACCGGACGCUGAGGCGGAGGCACUGGAGGCUGAGGCGGAGAUGAAGAAGGCUGCGGCGGCGGCGGUGGUGGUGGUGGAGGAGGAGAGCGCUGGGAGGAGAGGCGGGAGGAGGGCGGCGGCGACGGAUAAGAGGAAGAGGUGGAGUGUGUGUGGUGGGGAGAAGAGGGGCGAUUUGGAGCUCGAGACGAUAUGGGAGGAUGGCGCGGAUGCGCUGGGUAUCAGUGUGUGUGAUGGCUAA